AAUACGCUCCUAUACUCUCGACGCCUAAGUGUGAUAGAUAAGAGAAAAACAGACCUGUAGAAUGCUGACGUUCCAAAUUUGUUGUAUUGCCAUAUUGAUAGUGCAUGUAUUGAAAGCGGAGCAAAAUGUUUCCCAGCAAAAGGAUAGCCAUGACUGUUCCCAUGAGGAGUUGCACCGCAGUGACCGUCUGUUAUUAAACGACCCCUCCCUGUAUGAUCGGAGACUGCAACAGCUGGAGAGUCAAGUACAGAGCUUGACCAGCAAACUCCACCUAGCGGAGACAACAAUCAGUCAGCUCUCUCAAUCCAACAAAGGUCAAAUGACAUACGUGAGAUGGGGGACCCACGGGUGCAAAGCCAAUGCCACCUUGGUAUAUUCAGGUCAAAUUGGUGGAUCCGCCUAUUCUCAGACAGGAAACGGGGCUAAUCCUCUCUGCAUGGUGCAUGAAGUCCUUUGGGGUACCUAUCAACCGAACAAAAACAUGGCAGAGAUUUGGGGCGCAGAGUAUCAGGAUGAUUUUUGGGGUCCCGGGACAUUGGAUCAAGACGUUCCUUGUGCCGUGUGCUCGCCAAAACAGGGAACUAGUGAUCCCGGGACGAAAUCGAUGUGUUUCUGGUUGGACUGAACAAUACCACGGUUAUCUUUCUGCUAAUCUCGUAGGUAAUCCUCAAGCUACCACAUAUGUGUGUGUUGAUGAAAAUGUUGAAUUGAUGGAUGCAGGCGCAAAUGAUGUGAAUGGUUUCCUAAUGUAUGGCGUGCGCGGGCACUGCGGAAGUUUAAAAUGCCCGCCAUACAUAGAAGGGAAGCCAAUAUAUACUAUGGUUAUAUCUUGUAGAUGUUUUUUGUGAUAUUUUGUGAUAUCAUACUACCUACUUUCGUCUCAUUACUGCAGAUGACGAAUGUAAAAUAAUUUAAUCACCAAAACAAACUUAUUAUAUGUAUAGUGUAGGGAACUUUCACAUUCGUAUGAUAAGGCGAAUUUAACAUAACGUUAUUACUAUCAUUAUCAUCACAAAUAAUACAGUGUUAAGAGUAGAUCAAACACCGACACAUGGGCAUACAAGAGGUUAAAUCAGGUGUCCCCUUGUUGACCGUGAUUCCUAUAUCUUGAUCGAGUUAACAGAGUAAUCCAUAGUAAAAUGAAGUGUGUAAAUAACAGCUUGGGAGUGAAACAAUACAGAACUAGCUAGCCUCAAACUCAGUAUGUACAUAACGGUUUAAUAAUUAUUAUGAAAGACGCCAUUUAUUUCUAUCCCUUUGAUAUCAAAUAUUAACACAGUCUAGGACGAAGCUCUAAUGGUUCAUGAUUAUACAUGUGGUGUGGAACAACAAGCAAAGGCAUACAUAAGGCCAGAUCAGACAUGAAAUCAAUAGAUAUAUGUGAAUUGUUUUAUAAAAGAUAAUAGGAGUUUAUAUACCUUUAACACUUUAAAACAUAGCCAAGAAUCUGCAGCAAAAGCAACUUUAUGUCUCUUCGACUUUAUGACACCACACUAAAUCACAAUAGAUUUAUUGUAGAUAAGGCGAUAUUCAUAUAAAGAAAUAGCACCGUGAGGCUAAUCUUCUUCAAUAUCCUAGUUCCUAGUUGUUAUUCGUAUUCAUAUAAUAUACUAUGUACGAUAUGGGUAUUAUAAGGGUGCAAAUCAAAAGCAGUUCAAUAUUUUAUUUGAUAAGGGAGUGAACGCUUUUCUCGUCUCAUUUUUUACAAUCUCCUGAUUUUCAUCUCGACGAAUUUUAGUGAGUAGUUGUAUCCAUGCCAUGUCCUCCACUCAAUCCCAUCAGCAAAUGUCGAGUGAGCCCCACGUAGGUACAUUCCAUUCAAAUUAGAGUCAUGACAGUUUUCAUACCACCAGCCACCUUUAAAUCUUGCCGCACAAGUAUUUGAAUCGUGGUCUUUGGUGUAGAACUGCGCACCAUUUUGUCGUAUCAUCGAAUCACCUAAAAUAGAAAGUUAAUUAGCGCACACAGGCGUUUCAAUAUUAAACACAUGUAAUUAUUUUUGAAACAGCAAAUUGUCAGCUUUGAAAUGUCAAAGUUAUGAAAUAUGAGACCUGCUGUUCCUUGAUAAUCCUCGAUCGUCAGUUUGUAUCCACUGCUCUCGUCCCCAAUAGAGAAACGAUUGUAAACAGCGUAACGACUUUGUCCAGCAAAGUCAGUCAUGUCUAUGCGAAGUUCAUAAAAUCCCUGGCUAACGAUUUCAUAAAUUCGAUGAUUUCCUGAAACAUCAAACAGUAACACCGAAUUUUGUUUUGGAAAAUUACAGAAAACAAUGGAAAACAAUUCAGAAACUUCGCAUUACUGUACCUACAUCAGAAAUUAUAUAUAAAAUUAUUAUCAUCCUCCAUCCAUAGAAUCCAUGUAAUUUAAUGAUCUGGUAGCUUUAUAGAAUUAUUUACCAAGCCAGAAUUCGUUGGACUUGUUUCCGAAUCCGUAUUUAUAGUCAAUCCAAUUCCUGAAGAAAUCCUCCGAACCAUCACCUCUCCUCUGGAUAACCUACUUUGACAUUAAACAAUUAGUCAAUUAACCCGUGAUGAAAUUGAGAGUUCGGGAGAAAAGAAAGCAUUCUUUGACGACCUAAAAUGUACAUCACAAUAUAGUUUGCAUACAGUAGCAACAUUGAGAGUUAGUAGACAGCCAUUGCAAUAAUUAGCAAAGGUGAAGAUCAAAGUCAUAAUCAAAACAAUACUUCAGACAUGGUUUGCUCAACUAUUUCAUUAAGUCUUAAUUCAAGGUAAAUGUAUCUUCUAAAAUACUUGUACAGUUGUACGAUCUAACUAAUGUUUUUGUUGGUUCAGAAGUAGACACAUAAUGUGCUUAGUUACAUUGAGUACAAAUACUCACUGUCCAUCCGCCUCCGUCCGUCACUUGAUCGCAGAAAACGUCCAGUCUUCCGCUCUUUUGUGGGUAUAUUGUGUACAGCUUAUUCUCUCGGAACCCUUCCCACAGGUAAUCUUGGCAGUCACGGGGAAUGGAAAACACUAAAUGCGAAUUAAUUAAAUGAAAGCACUACUGUACUCAACAUCAGAUCUUCAUUGUUCUAGAUGUUGAUAGAUCCAACUGAUUUCUUAUAUAUGAAUUUCAAUAAAAAAAACUGUUCACGUG